AUGGCUAGUCAGGGACUUGUCAGAUCGGGGUGCAGGCGAAGGAUUGGCAAUGGACGGACCACACAGAUUUGGGCACAUCCAUGGUUGCCUGAUUCACAGGAUCCUUACGUGUCUACUGAGCAACCGGCUCCCAAUCAGGGUAUGGUUGUUGCUGAUUUGGUGGAUGAUGCUACGGGGGCAUGGAAUAGUAAUUUGAUACAGCAGAUUUUUAAUGCACGAGAUGCCUCCUUGAUUAACAAACUGCCAUUGAAUGACACUUAUGACGAUUUGUGGUACUGGGAAGGAGAUAUUUCGGGGAAUUAUUCGGUAAGAUGUGGCUAUAGGCGGCUAGGGGAUGCUAUGGCACCUAACUCGCAAGUUUGGAGUAGCGUAUGGAAGUUGAAAAUCCCACCCAAUUGGAAGAAUUUUAUGUGGAUUACCCUUUCUAACAUUUUGCCAACUCUUGAUAAUUUGAUAAAAAAGAGGGUGGAUCUAGUUAAUGUAUGCCCGGUUUGUGGUUUAGUAGAGGAAAAUGUCAUGCAUGUGCUUGUUUCGUGUACAUAUGGCUCUCUUGUUUGGAAUCGUUUGCAGUUGCCAAUUCCCCCAUUUAAUGGUAACAAUUUUCUGUUUUGGGCAGAGUUGUGGCUGGGUGGCGCAUCGGCACUGGAUUGUGAUGUUAGAGGGAGAAUUUGUGGUGUGUUGCAUGGUAUUUGGUCAGCCAGGAAUUCGGCAGUUUGGAAUGGGUAUCUGCCAACUCCAACAGCUUUGUGUUGCCGGCUCUCUUCUAGUUGGGCAGCGUGGAAGGUUUAUGGCACUGGUCCCAGGUCCCCACAAGUGCAGCGUCAGUCCGGGUUGCAUGCAAACCAAAUGCAGAAUGGUUUGGCUUGCUAUGUGGAUGCGGCUUUUCAUAAUAAUCAUCAGAAUGCUACCUACGGCUUCUUGGUGAUGGAGGAGGAUGGGAGUUACGUUGCAGUGGCAAAUGGUCCUAUGGUAUGCCCGUAUGAUCCCCUAAUGGCGGAGGCGAUGGCGGUGAGUGAGGCACUAUCUUGGCUUAAGAAUAAUGGUUACACGGCGGUCACACUAUUCACGGAUAGCGCGGUUCUGGUUACAAGCCUUAGUAAUGCACAUUGUUUUCGUUCUUAUAUUGGUUUUGUUUUGGAUUCAUGUAUUCGUUUAAUUUCUUCUAUGCCUGGUACUUUAGUUACGCAUGUUAGAUGA